AGAUGGGGGAGCAAGGUGGUUGGCUGGAGGCUAACAGAGGAGAAUGGGUGGCCAUCUUGGAUUCCCAGACCCAGAUGGGUGCAGCCGAGGGCCCAGGGGACAGCAUUACCAAGCAGGUCAGGAACAGAGGCGACAUAGUGGAGUCUGCAGUCCAUGAGGACCUGCUGAUAUCCGGUGUUGCUGGCGGGAGAGACUGGACCUCUGAAGCGGCUGGUCACAAACCCUGGCCCCGGAUCAGGACACUGGAUCAGGAGCAGUCACUUUUCCUUCCCGAGUCGGAACCAGGACCAUACCGCAAAGGACAGAGACCCCACCACCACACAGAACACAACCAGUGGACAGGUGGACUGAACCCCCUCAGUCCUGGUGGUCAUCAGAGAGACAGAGGCUCCAAUCAGGGAUCCAGUCAGCAACUGAGGCCCUUCUCUUCACAGUCUCAGUGCAGGGAUGAAGCAGGGCCUGGGGCUGAUAGAGAUAGACCCUCCUGUUCCUAUGAUGCAAACGCCACAGUAUCCAUGAUGAACAGAGCAGGUCAGCCUGGGCUUCAGCCUUCACAGAGAGUGGUGGGAGAUCCGGCUGGUGGGAGUCUCACAGGAAGUCUUUCUCCUUCAAGAUCUCUUCUAAUGCCUGGUGACUGGGUUCAUAGAAAGCCUGGGUCUGGGUCUAGCCUUCCUCAGCUGCCUCAUGGUUAUCCCACCAAUAUAGACAGGGUCAGGAUGGACGUUCACCAUGAGAGGUACCUAGCCUAUAAUACUGCAGACAAUCCCAACAACACACAAACAAUGGCUAGAGGUCAAGGAGGGAGCUCAAAGACUAACCACCUGAGGGUGGUGGCUCCUGUUUCUACCUCCUCUGGUGUCAUUGGGUCACAACGUGGGAGGCCGAGCAUUAGGACGGACGCCGACAAGCCAUACGCCUGCCCAACGUGUGGGAAGCGCUUCGCUGAGGCGAACUAUGUGAAGAAGCACCAGACCGUUCACACCAAGGAGAGGCCCUUCAAGUGCAAAUUGUGUUACAAGAGCUUCUCCUUCCAGAGUAACCUUAUCAAACAUAGGAGUGUCCACACUGGGGAGAAAUCGUAGCAGUGUGGCUUGAGAUGAGGGAACCAUUCUUUAGCUGACAUACAGUGGGGGAAAAAAGUAUUUAGUCAGCCACCAA